GGGAAGUCCUGCUAGAGGUUCCCAUACCCUAGACCUUAGCAUCCUCUCUGAGUCCCCCAACUCCCCUUCAGAGCUCUCCCUUUGCCCUCGCGCCAAUCCCUACUCGGUUUUACUGCCUUCUAUCCCUCCACCCCCAGCAGCGUUCAGCUCCCAGGCCUCUCCGCCGGCCCGCCCUGCGACCCCCGGUUCCCCGCUUACGGACCUCGAGAUCUCCGCCGCCGCCGCCGUCGCUGCCACCGCCUGCUGUGCCCGACCCGCCGCUCGCCUCUCUCUGCCGCGAGCCCUGGGACAGGGCGGCUCCGGCGGGCUCAGACCUCCCUGCUCGAUUCUCCGGCGCGGGGGUCUGUGCUCCGCCGCCCGGGAUCUGCCCAGGAGACGCUCUGGAGCCCCAGAGCUGCGGCGAGCGGGGUCUUGGCCAGGCUAGGGAGAAGCCACCGCGUUGCGCUCUGCCAAAAUGACCAUGGAGUUUCCGAUUAGGUCUACAACAAUGGUGAUAACCAUCGCGCAGAACAUAAAGAUGAUUAGAGCCGUGCAAACACCUGGCAAAGAGAGGUACAUGGCCGAGCUAGCGGGAGCAAGGAGUCUUUCAAAGGAUCCGGUUUCAGCCCAAGCCAGUCCGCAGCCCCCAGCAGGAUGUGGGGGACAGCCUGUGGCUCCUUGAACCCUAGAUGCUCGCCUCUGCCGUAUCCUUGUGAGUUCCAUCCCAAACCCCAUGCCCUUGCCUGUCUAGAGCCUUCUGUGCCCCGUGGGGAACUGGGGAAUACUGCUGGGAGCUCCGACCCCCAAUCUGGGUCCUUAAUCCCUAGCGAAGUUAUCCCAGCUCCUGUGCUCGCCAGGAGCCGCUUGGCUCCCUUCGCGGCAGCCACGAGGAGCCGCUUAUUCAAGUCCAGGUCUUGCACUCUCCAUAAAGAGAAGUACCCUGCGCCCAGGUCUGGAAGCAGGGAGCGCGUCUGCACCCUGGGACCCGGGGAAGGCAGCGGUGGCCACUCGGUCCUCAGCUUUGGGGCGAACGGGAGCGGGAGCUCCUCUCCUUGCCAGCUGCGGGCAGCCCAGCGGCGGGAGCCACGGGAAGCUUUGGGAAAAAGUAAAACAGGCAAUAAAGCUCUUUUCUUGGGCCCCUUCUUCUCGAGGAAACCCAGGACGAGAGGCUCUCAUUCCUCUCCCCUCUCGGGGUGCGCUCUACUGAGCGGUACGGGGCAGUCAGGCAGGCUGAGGGAAUGGUGCGGAGGUGUCCGGCGGCAAAGCCAAGAAGCCGCUGGCUGACCGGAGACCCCUGCCUCAGUCAGGAUUCAUCUCGGUCUUUAGACUUUCACAUUCCCUUCUGGGGUUCCCUUUUCGACUCCAUCCCUCUGAGGCCGCACCCCUCCUCCCGACCCCUCCGUCCACACUGCGGAUCUCUGUUCCCGUGCCUCACGGUUACCCGGCGGUGCUCCCAGGAUCUUGCCGCACAGGGACCACGGAAAAUUCGAAUAUUUGGGCAAAACUAAAGAGGCGCGAUUCUGACACUCGUUUCUUCAACAACAAAAAUGCCCUUGGUCAUGGGAAUGGAUUUUUGCCGCCUACUAAAAGUUAUGGCUACUGUCGAGAAGCCUUCCAAAAU